AUGAGACCUACACUGGGAAGACUCGCUGCACAAGCAGCUAAGGAAAGCCAUGUCUUGAAUAAGGGUGCAAAGCGGGAUCCUGAACUCUACGUUCUUCUCGCUGUCAUGUCAGGAGCCUUUGGUCUGGCAGGAUUUUACUUCGGCCGCAAACCAACCUCCGCAACCUCCGAAACCAAGGUCAAUGUUGCAGCUGGCGGUAUGCCAUGGCAAACCGAGAGCUCAAAGGGUGAUUCGGCCCGCGAGCACUUCAAAUACCAAUACCACCCUGGAGGUGACCCAAAGAACCCUCCUAAGGAUGCCCCCAGUGCUCUCCACAGUGUCAUUGUUCCCAAUGUCAAUCUGCCAAAGGAACUACACGAGAAGUACAACAAGUGGGGAAAGGAUGGAUACUAG